AUGACACAGUUUGGCAAAGAGGAAUUAACUGCGAACCCACUGGAAGGCCUACUGUGUGUGAGGUGCUGUAGCAGCAGGAGAGAUAGACACGCAGCCCAUCAGGUUCAGAAUGCAGGCACGUGGGUCACUGAGGACAUCUGCAGCCUGUCAACAAAUCAAAUAAUUGAUGGCUCCAGACUUUAUGGACACCUACAGAGAAAGACAAGACAAAGUCCCUGCCACCAAGUCAUUCGUAUCAGAUUGAAGAGGCAGAUGUGCAGUAACAAACCACAUCUGGUCUGUGUUAAAAGCUGCACAAGGUACAAGUACAGAAGACCACGGAGAUGUUCAGAGGACCAGCUUGCCAAGAGACCCAGGGCAGAUGGAAUAAAUCUCACUGAGUUGGUGGACCUCAACCUGGGCCUUGGAAGAAGGGAAGUAUUAAAUUACCUAGGACUGGAGAAGUCACUUUGGCAAACAGCUCCAAGAAUAAAGGCAGUAAGAGAUUUUCAAGUAUUCUAG